UAUAACCAAAACUUGACGGAAUUGAUUUGUGAUCGCCGACGAAACAAGGGAAGAGAUAACUGAGAUGCAAGGAGGAGAAAAAGAAGCUCAACGAUACGUCUGGGACGGAGCUAUCCCGCUGCAAGUUCAUCUUCACGACUCCGAAGUCACUACUCUACCGCCGCCGCCGCCUGCUCUGAUCCUAGCUCCACGAAUAGGGUAUCUACCUUUGUUAUCUUCACAACUCAAGCCAUUCUUCAGUGGUGCUCUUCCUCCUGGAGUAGACACUAUCUGGUUUGAGUACAAAGGAUUACCCCUUAAAUGGUAUAUACCAACAGGGGUUCUUUUUGAUCUUCUUUGUGCUGAACCUGAAAGACCUUGGAAUUUGACAGUACAUUUUAGAGGAUACCCAGGAAACAUCUUGAUCCCCUGUGAUGGGGAAGAUAGUGUAAAAUGGAGCUAUAUCAAUUCAUUAAAAGAGGCUGCAUAUAUAAUUCAUGGAAGCAGUAAAAAUGUCAUGAACAUGUCACAACCUGAUCAGGUUGAAUUAUGGCGCUCUGUCAUGAAUGGUAAACUGGACACCUACAAUCGCAUUUCAUCUAAACUUAAACUUGGAAUAAUUGAAGAUGAUUUUUCUGAAAAAGUAAAUCCCUCUUUGAAAGCUCCACACACUGUUAAUGAAACAGAAGCAACUACAACACUCAAAACAAGUAGAAUCCCUGUUCGUUUGUAUCUCUGUAAUACAAAUCAAGAUUUUGAGAAUUUAGAAACAGUUCCACCUUUUGAAACAUGGGAUCAAAUCUCCUAUAUAAAUCGACCUGUUGAGAUUAACAAAGAAGGAAAGUAUUUCACUUUAUAUGAUGCAGUAAAAUCAAUUCUACCAGAAUUUUUUCACCCUGCUGAUGAAGAAGAAGGCAAAGAUGGGGUGAUAAAACUUGUUAGGAUUCAAGGGAUUGAGCCAAAAAUGGAAAUACCGUUUUCUUGGGUGGUUAACAAUUUGAUGAAUCCUGAUUACUUUCUUCAUAUUUGUGUUUACAUUAAUGCUGGUAGACCAAUGGGUACGUGACACGUGGCGUUUUUUUUAAAGAAAAAUGUUUUAGUGGUGUUUAUAGGGGAAUACAGAAAAGUGUACAGUAUAUGGUGGGAGUAAUUCUUUUGGACUUUUUUUUUAACCUGUUUGGUGAAAAUGGUUGUAUUGUUAGAAUUUGGAAUUUACUGAUUUAGGAGG